AUGGGGAUGCUACACAAGUUGGAGUUGGAAAACUUCAAAUCCUACAAAGGAAAACAUACAAUUGGGCCAUUCUCCAAGUUCACAGCCAUUAUCGGACCAAAUGGAUCAGGUAAUAUAUUUAUUUCAUUGAUUUUUUGAGCUUCUCGUUUCUAGGAAAAUCGAACAUGAUGGAUGCUAUUUCAUUCGUUCUUGGUGAAAAAACACAAAGUCUUCGAGUGAAGAAAUUGGGGGUUUGUUUCAAUAAUUUUCAGUUGGUAGGAGCUCCCAGCUCUGAAAAAAAUUUUAUUUUUACUGCCGUGCUCAAAGUAAUUUCCGCGAAAUGCAAAGUGGUCUCUGACUCUUCAAAAGUCUGUUAUAUUCUUCUUUCUCUGGCGGUCAUGUUGCAUUUUGCGGAAUCACUUUGAAAACGGCGUUAACGUCUUUUAACCUUUCUCCGGCUCUUGUUAUCGGAGUCAUUAUAAAUUUUCGAAAAAAAAAAGUGUAUGAAUAUUCAAAAACUUCUUCGGUUUCUCGACGGUAACACGCAAUUUAACACAGUUUCCAACAUUUUUGAAUUUCUUUGAGUGAGAAAAAAGUUUUCCUCACAUUUUUCAACGUUUCACAGGACCUGAUCCAUGGAGCGCCGAUAGGGAAACCGGUGGCCAAGGGAUGUUCCGUUUCAAUGGAAUAUCAUCACGAUGACGGCAGAAAGACCCUCUUCACCAGAGCCAUCAGCAGCGGAGCUUCAGAAUUCAGAUUGGAUGGAAAGGUUUGAAUUUUAAUGAGGUUUUUUUUUGGUAUUGAUUCUUUCUUUUCAUGUUAUAAGAUUUCGUAGUAAAACGAAAUUUAAAUUUUUAAAUGAGUGACAAUAAAAAAUAAAAUAAAAAGUUGACUUUUCUCAAUAUCUUUUGCAGGUAGUCACUGUACAGCAGUAUAACCAGGAAAUGGAGUCUAUCAAUAUUUUCAUCAAGGCGAAAAAUUUCCUGGUGUAUCAGGUACGUUAAAAGUCUGUUUUCUAUUCGAAGAAGUGAAUUUAAAAAAAUUCAGGGAGCCAUUGAGUCGAUCGCGAUGAAGAAUCCCAAGGAAAGAACGGCGCUUUUUGAAGAAUUGUCCAGGUAAUUUUUUCAUGUUCGAUUAUUUUACUUAUGCUCUGAGCUUAUUUUGUUUUACUGUCUAUUAUUUUUUCUCAUUCGGUUUGAAGUUUCAUUUUUAGUAGUAUUUGCCAUUCAUUUCGGGUCCAGCAACUUUAGCUAUAAAUUAAGCGGCAAAUUAUUUUCUUCUGACUUUUGAAAAAAAUUUUUUUUCAUGAAAUAUUAUAGCAUUUGAAGAUCUUGCGAGUUCCAAGUCGACUACGAACGGCUGAAAAACGAAAUGACCAAGGCCGAAGACGACACCCAACAGAACAUGAACAAAAGAAGAGGAAUCGCUCAGGAAAAACGCGAGGCCAAGAUGGAAAAAGACGAAGCCGAGAAGUACCAGCAGAUGAAGGAGGAAGCGGUUCGCAUUUUCUUGUUAGGACAAAUUGGGUUUAUCACAAAAUAACUGGGGAAAAGGGCCGUUUUGCUGAAAGCAAGCAGCCGCUCUGAAAAAUUCAUCUGUUUUCUUUGAAAAUUAAUUUUAUUUCAACAUUUUUUUGUAGAAGCAAGUCUUUUAGCAGCUCAUUUUUUUCCUAUUUCCGAAAAAUUUCAAAAAAACUACGACUCCCUGAUGAAUUUUUUUCGAAGUGUAAAUCACCUUUUUAAGUGUUUCAGAUUCGGUUGACUUGGCUUUUUUUAAUUUUAAUUUUUUUGAAGCCAUCACGGGGAAAAACUUAUUUAAAAAAAUCGAUUUUUUUCUGAAAAAAAUAUCGAUUUUUUUCAUUUUUUUAAAUCAUUUUUUUGUAGUAAAAUGUUACAGCAAAAAGCAAAAAAAUUUUUCAUUCCAAAUGGUUUGUUUUAAGGCUUCCAAGCAACGCAUUUUCUACUUGCAUCAAAUCUACCACUGCGAAAGAAUAAUGAACGAGGCCAAGGAGCAACUCGCCGAGCAGCGAAAAUCAAUUGGAAAUUUGGAGCAUAAUAAGGUCGAGUUUUCAGAUUUUAGGGGAAAAUUAUUCAUUUUUAUGUUGUUUGAAGGAAAGGUAAGGUUAAGACGAAAAAGAAGCUAUUAGAGUAACUAUUUGGUUUUUUUUUUUCGGGUUCGUCUUUUGUCUAAAAAAUGUUCUGGAGAUCUACUAACUUGAAUUUUUCCAGUCCGAAGAAGACCAGAAAGUUGCAAAAGCUCAGGCGGAUUUGAAGAAAGCUCAGAAGGAAUACCACAAGUUGGAUAGAAAAAUUAACGACAAGGUUUUUUUUUCACUCCACUGAAAAUUUUAACCCUGGAAUUUUUUAGCAAAAAGAGAUGAACAUCCAACGGCCAAAGUACGUACAAAUCCAGGCGGAGGUAUUUUUUAACCCGAACUUUCGCAUUUCUUCAUUCUCUGCAAUUUAUUUCGGAUAACUUUUAGGUUGAACACCACAAAAAUAAACUUGAAACGGCGAAAAAAGUUCUGACUUCGGCUCAAGCAUUAGAAGAGAAGAACAAGCAACAAACGGAAGUUUUGGAGAAGCAGAGAAGGUUUUUAUUGAUAUAUUCUCUAUUAGUCAGAAUCUUCUUUGCUUUUUAGAGAAAUUGAGCAGAAAAAAGCCGAUUUCGAGGAUGAAAUCGCCACGCAAACACAGCAACAGGAGCUGAAUUUGGACGAUGAACAGGUGAUUGAAGUUUUUUGUUGAGUAUUUAACAUCACGAUGAAGCUCACCUUUAUUUCCUGAAUUUCUCGAUUAAAAAAAAAACACUUUUUUAAGGGAACGUUUCAAUUUCGAACAUAUGAUGUUCCGUGAAUUCGAAAAAAAAAACUUUGAAAAUUUCAACAGAACAGUUUAUUGUGUCUAUUUUUAAGAUCAACGAGUACCAUACGUUGAAAAGAAAGGCGUUGAUGGAAUCCGGUCGAACGGAGAUUGAACUGAACGCCGCGCAGCAGAUUCUGGACACUGAAAAGAGGUUUCUCGGAAUUUUAUAGAAACAAUAACUUUCUUCAAUUUUUUUUCUGGUCUUUGUAUCGUCUCUUUUUCUUUCUGAUGUUUCUGAAAGAAUCAGAGAAUAUUCAGCAAUUUGGCUCAUGAGCAGCGACGGCAGCGAGAGCACGAAGGUCGUGCCAAGAACAAGGAGCAAGACGUCGAAAGAGCCAAGAAGCAGGUCAUUUUUUAAUUUCGUGACCAAAAAAAAAUGGGAAAAUAAUCCGAAAGAAAUGGUCCUUGAAGACAAAUAACGAUUUUUCUGCUUUUCAGAUUGAAAUGCUGCACGCAAAGAUCAAGGAAAACGAGGAGACCCUGGAAGAGAAGACGAAAGCGCUGAAAGACACAGAGACGCAGGUCAUCGAGACGAAAGCCAGGGCCGAAAAGGUGAGAAAUAUUGAGGAAAAGGUGCAAAAACAUUGGAUUUGAGAUCAAUCGAGAGCUGAAUGAAGUACUGCGAAAGCUGUCCGAAGCGUCUGGAGACACGGCGGAAGGAGAAAGAAAUCAGAAACGAAAUGAAGCCAUCGACAAUUUGCGACGCGUCUUCCCGGACAGAGUGAGUUUCGAGAAAAAUUGAGAAAACAUAGAUGGAACUGAUGAAAAAACUACUAACGGAAGCAGAAAAACGAAAGUCCAAAUUUUUUUAAGUAAAAAAAUGAUUGAUAAAUGUUCUUAAAAAGGUCUUUACAUAAGUAAUCCGUUUUUUCUUAAGAAUUCUAAAGCCGCGUUCAGAUUUCUGUCCCUUGAUUCGGAACGAUUUCUGACUCUCUAAAAUUCUGUCACCUUCACCAUUCUAUAACAGUAGUUUGGAAAACCGUGAAAUCUUUCGGAAAGGACAAACAUUAAAAUACACCGUUCAGUACGAUUGCUUUAUUCACUUUCCGAAAAAAAAAAAACGAGAUUUUUCAGAUCUACGGCCGUCUCGUCGAUCUCUGCCAACCUUCCCACAAAAGAUUCCAGUUGGCCAUAACGAAAGUCCUUCAGAAGCACAUGAUGAGCAUCGUCUGCGACACGGAGGAGACGGCCAAAGACGCCAUCAAUUACUUGAAAGUCUCUUAUUUUUCCGGGAAUCUCGAAAAAGAAAAAGAUUCCAGCAACAACGACUCCAACCCGAAACUUUCUUGCCGUCCGACACGCUGGACGUGCUGCCGAUCAACGAAAAGCUUCGCGAUAUCAAACGACCUUCCGGCGUCAAACUCGUCUUUGAUGUCAUCAAUGUGAGGGUUUCCGAAAACUGUUUGAACAGAAAAAUUGACAGUUUUUUUCAAUUCCUAAAAAAAACAAUUUUUAAGGAAUUUUUUUUUACUGAUUACCGAUAUGUACGCGAAUAAAACGCGCUGAGUAAAUGUUAGGUUGAUUCUUUUUUCUUUGUUUUGAAAAGAAGAUGUUCUUUAAAAAUCAUUCGUGGACAAGUGCAAAACUUACACCAAGAGGAUGAGUUGACCAAAAAUUUUGACGAAAAGAAGUCUAAAUGAGUUUUAACUUGAGGAAUGUGGUGUUGACAUGAUAAGUUCGAGUUCCUCAAAGGGUUAGUAAAUAAUUCAAAAAUUGGGGAAUUUUAGGUUUAAAUCAGAAAUUUUUUGAAAAUGGUCUGUCCAUGUCUGUUCACGAACUUUUCAUUUUUCAGCUCAAUAAUCAAGCGGCGAGAAAGGCUCUGCAGUACGCUUGCGGAAAUUCUCUGGUCUGUGAACACCAGGAAGACGCCAAGCAACUGGCCUAUGGCGGCAGCGGCAUGCCCGACAGGUUGGUUAAUCUAGAGUUUGGAGAGGAAAAACUGAAAGAUCGAGAAAAAAAUUAUUUUUGUAUUUUAUUUUUUUAGUAAUAAGUUUUUUUUAGUAAUAAAAUUGAAACCGUUUGGCUUUUUCUAGCAUUUCGAAAAAAAUAAUAAAAAGUAGUAACCAAUACUUUUGCGAGCGAACCUUAUUUUAAUAAAAUGAGAUCCGUUCCAGGUAGCCAUCAUAAAAGGGAGAAUAAUUUAGGGAAAGCAGUAGAUUAACAAACGCCGGAAGAGAGGCCAGAGAAACGAGGGUGCUUUAAUUUCUCUGGCAUCCUCUCCGAGCUGCUAAUCUUUUCUCUCCUGAAAUUCUAGCUACAGUAGAGUUUUAAUGUCUAUCUUACUCUUUGAUUGAAGAUACAAGGCGGUUUCGAUGGACGGAACUCUUUUCCAAGCCUCUGGCGUCAUGUCCGGAGGCAGCGCCGACCUCAAACAGAAGGCCAAGAAAUGGGACGACAAAGUUGUUCGGUUAUUCCGCCUUCCAAAAAUGAUUUCUUGAUUUCAAUUUUUAGGGGAUUGCGCGAGACGCGAAAUAAACUUCAGGAGGACCAAAAUAAUCUCCAAAAGAACCGAAGAAAAGAACUCGAAGUCGAAAUGCAAAGGUUUUUGGCUUCUAAAAUUUAUUUGGAUGUUUUCAAUUUUUUACAUUCAGAAGCGAGCUGACGAGCAUCAACCAACGCCUGGCAACUUUGCGUCGGGAUGUGAAGAAAAUGGAGUCGGAGACGUUGGAAAGGCUCCAAAAUGAACUGGAGGCCCAUCGAGCCGAAGCCGAGAUGAUCCCGGUUCGGAAAAUAAUUCGAAUUUGAAAUCUGAUCUUCAUUUUUAGCCGAGAAUCCAAGACAUUGAAGAAAAAGUGAAGAGGGACCAGGAAACUGUUCAAAAACUCAUCGAGAAGAACAACGCCGUCGCUGAUAAGGUAACAUCUUGAAUAUUUGCAGUAUCGUAAGUGACUCAUGGGAAAUAUGAAAACUCUGAGGUUACGUCAUUUCACAGAGUCCACGUUUGGUUUUAAAGAAAUCAAAUAGUUUAUUUGCUCCUGUUUCAAACGCGCAAACGUGUUUUUCUUUUCAGGUGUUUCACGAUUUUUGCUUGAAAAUCGGCAUCCGCAACAUCCGAGAGUAUGAAGACCGAGAGCUGAAGAUCCACCAGGAAGCUCAGGACCGACUCAGAGAGUUUGAGAACGAGCUGGAUAAGCUGAAGAACGAGAUCGAGUACCUGCGAUCCGAAGACAGGAGCAAGAGAGUGAACGCCGAGAGGGAAAAAGCGGCGCUUCUGGAAAGGGAGUUGAAAGAUUUGCGGAAGAAGCAGAAAGCCGAGGCGGCAGCCAUCAAUGAGCUGGAGACGAGCCUCGAGAACGAAAAGGUCAACCACAUGGAGCGGAAGGAGAUCGUCCAGAAACUGGAGCUCGAGCUGACCGAGGUCAAGAAGGCGGCUCAAGUCGCUGCCAGGGAAGUGACCGCCGCCGAGAAGGCUUUCCUCGGACUGGAGAAUCUUGUGGCGAGGAAACAAAUGGAGCGUCAUUCGUUGCUCCACACGGCCAAGAUGAACCAGAUCAAGUUGCCGUUGAGCUCCGGAAGUCUGGCUGAAGUUGAGGCCGGCGAUUACGAUGAUGACGACGAUGAAGGUCAGUCCGAUGGGUUCAGAAAAAAAGGCGGUACAAGAAUUAACUUUUUCGAAAUCAGAAUUACUUCUUUUUUUGCUUUUUAAGAUCUCUUUACAGAUAUGGUAGAGUCUAGUUAGUUCAAUUAUUUUAUUAUGACUAAUUUGAAAAUGAGUUGGUUUCAGGUUUCUUGAAUUGCUAUGAAUCAAAAAUACUCUUUUUGUAUAAGUUUUUGUAAACAUUGAAUAAGAUUUCAACUAUUUCUAGUCUUUAAAAUUUUCUUAAAUAAUGUAAUUCUUUUUUUGUUUACUUUUCGAACGCAUAAAAGCUCUCUUAAGAUUUUUAAAAGUCUCUGAAGAUUUGAAAAAAAACUAGAAUUAAUGUAUUAGUAUCAAAAUGAAAUGUUCCAGUCAUGGACGAGCCUUCAACCUCGGCCGAGAGUCAAAGUCUGAGCCAAGAGCAAAUUCAGCGCGAAUCCAACAUCAAACUGAACUACACUAGCUUGCCGAGAGAGUAUAAGGAGGUAGGAAAUAGCUACUUUUCGUGAAAGAGGAAGAUUCGAUUAUUCCAACUUUUCAUAUCAGGUGGAAGACGAGGACAACGUGAAGAAGCUCACUGACCGACUGAACAAGGAAAUUUCCGAGUCACAAGCUCACAUUUCUCGUCUCAAUGCUCCGAAUAUGAAAGCUAAUCAAAGGUUUUCUUUAAAGGAGAGAUGAUUUAUUAUUUUUCUUUUCAAGAAUGGAAGAAGUGAAAGAAAGGGAAGCCGAAUCGACGGAGGAACUCGAAGCGGCCAGAAGGAAGGCCAAGAAGAUCAGGCAGCAGUUUGAAAAGGUCCACUCUUUGAUAAAUUAUAAAAAAAAGAAGUUUUUUUGAGUGCUUUCAGAGGAGGAAAAACUGAAAUAUCAGUAUUUUACAUAAUUAAACUCGCCACUCAUUUUUCAACAACAAAAAAAUUUCAACUUGAAUAUUCUUGUUUCUCAGAUAAAAACGGAGCGCUACCGAAGGUUCCAGGAAUGCUUCGAACCUGUUAGCGCGAAAAUCGACGAGAUUUAUAAGGUUUAAAAUUUAAUCAAUGAAAAAGAAAAAAAAAAUCUGUUUUAGUCUUUGUCGAGAAAUCAAAGUGCGCAAGCUUUCCUCGGCGCGGAGAACAUGGAGGAGCCGUAUUUGGAGGGUAUUCAGGUAAGAAACUGAGUGAAAAUGAAGGAAAAUUUAUAGGAAAAUUUUUUCAUAUCAUAUCUAUGUUGAAAGAUGUUGUCAUCUCUCUUAUUUCGAUUUUUUUUUUCUUUAGCUCAGUUCUCUCAAUUCAUUAGUUGUGUGCGAUUGCAGUACAACUGCGUGGCUCCUGGAAAGCGUUUCCGACCGAUGGACAAUUUGUCCGGAGGAGAGAAGACCGUGGCCGCGCUGGCCUUGCUGUUCGCCGUCCACGCCAGGAAUCCGUCGCCGUUCUUCGUCCUCGACGAGAUCGACGCCGCUCUGGACAACACCAACAUCGGCAAGGUCGCCUCGUUCAUCUGCGAGUCGGCCCGCGAAGAAAUGCAGAUCAUUGUCAUUUCUCUCAAGGAAGAGUUCUACAACAAGGCGAGUUUGAUGGAGAUGAACAAACAAAGAUCCAUAAUUCCUUAUCAAUUCGUCCUUCGGAGAUGUCUUUGAUGUUUUUUUUCGCGUUCUCACGGAGACCCUCGCCUUUUUCAACUUUUUUUUGAGACUUCUCGUUUUCGGUCCGAAAAAAGCUGAUAGUUACGAAAGGCUUUAUUCAAAAAAUUAACAACAAAAAAUAAAAAGUAGUUUUUUCACUAUCUUGAGAAAUGCGAGUCAAAGGUGUAGAAGUAUUUUAAAGAACUUGGGUCGUAUCCGUAUUUUGGAAACUCUGUCUUAGCUGAUUUUGGCUGAAUUAGUAGAGCUAGAAUAUUUGCAGGCCGACUCUUUGAUCGGAAUUUUCCCACAGCCAGCUGCCUGCACGACUUCAGGAGUUUUGACCUUUGACCUGACCGCCUACAAGCAAACUGGCCUUAAUGAAACGAUCCAAGGCGAAAGUGUUGUCCCGACGGCUUAA